UAUACUUUUGACAUCCAUAAUUCGAUAUUUAAUCGAAACAGUGAGCAUCUAAUCUAGGCAAACUGCUUUCAUAUUUUAGUCUUAUUUAAAUUGAAAAUGGAUAUUGAACUACCGUUUAUGGCCGAAUAUGCUAGGACUGGCCGAGCAUCAUGUAAGGGGUGUAAAUCCACUAUUCCUAAAGACGACCUUCGUAUUGCAGUCAUGGUUCAAGAAUCUAUGUACAUGUACAUAGGUGUACGUAUCACACAUACAUACCUUUAUAUGCAGUCUACAUUUCAUGAUGCCAAAAUACCUAACUGGUUCCACAAAAACUGUUUUUUUCAAAAACAACGGCCAAGCUCUGUUGGUGACAUUCAAAAUUACGAAAAUUUAAGAUUCAUAGACCAAAAAGACUUGGCAGAUAGUAUUGAUAACUUUGAACAAAUAUGUGAAACUAAUUCAAAAAAAAAACGUAAGGGUGAUAGUGGGCCACUUAAAGACUUUGGAAUCGAGUAUGCAAAGUCAGGUCGGGCAUCCUGUCGUGGAUGUGAACAGAAAAUUAGUAAGGAUACCAUCCGAGUACGUAAAACGGUCUAUGACACUGAAGUGGGAAUGAAAUAUGGUGGCCAACCGCUAUGGCAUCACUUAGAAUGCUUUGCUCAACUAAGAUCAGAGCUUGGCUGGCUUGAUUCUGGAGAAAAUAUGACAGGCUUUUCAAGCCUUAAGAUUGAGGAUCAACGUGAAGUUUCAAGGGUAAUGCCGAAAAUAAAAUCUGAAGAAUUGCCGCAGACUAAAAAAAUAAAAAUGGAAACUACAGAAGAUGACACAGACCAAAAAAUUAUGAAAAAACUUGAAAAUGAAAACAUUACAUUAUUUAAGUUUCGCGACAAACUAAAAACUGAAGUGAAAAAAGUUGAUAUUGAGAGGCUUUUAAUCUUAAACAAUCAAGAACCUGUAAUCGGUGAUACAGAAAAACUUUUAGAUCAAGCUGCUGAUCUGUUGACUUUUGGAGCAAUUGAACCAUGCCCUGAAUGUGGGGGAUCUCAAUUUAUUUUUAACAAAUUUGGCUAUUUAUGCAAUGGAAACAUUACUGAGUGGACUAAAUGUGCUAAUUUGUUAACGAAACCAAAUCGGAAAGCGUGUAAAAUUCCAGAUGAACUGAUAAGUAUGUAUUUGUUUUUGGGUUCUGUAAAAAAAAAAACAAUGGCUCGAACUAUCCAAUAUAUUCCUCCGAGUGAAUCUACUAUUUCAAGGAAUUUAAAUGUAAAAAGAGCCAAUGAAAACAUAGAUGGUCCAAAAGUCAUUCGAAAAAAGCCUGCAUUGUACAAUUUAACAUUUUCGCAUAUAGGUAUGAAACAUAAGGAGAAAGAUUUAAAAACACGUAUACAAAGAUUAGGUGGACAAUUUGAAAGUAAAAUAUCCGAAAAUACUAUAGCAAUUGUAUCAACUGAAAAUGAAGUGAAUCGAAAUUCUCAACGAAUGUUGACUGCUAAAAAGUUUGGCAUUCAUGUUAUUCCUAUAGAUUAUUUCGAUUCCGUUGAAUCUGAUGCUGACGGAGCUUUAAAUUAUAUUAACAGUAUGAGUCUUUGCAAUUGGGGUACAGACUUAUCAAAAAAAGUCCCUCAAGAUGAAGUUAAGAGCUUAAAGUCUAAAAGUAUAUACACAAAAUCCGCUCCAACAUCAAAGACUUUAAAAGUUAAAAAUGGUAUGGCCGUUGAUCCUGACAGUGGACUUGAUGACGUUGCCCAUGUAUAUUCAAGGGGAAAAGACAAGUACAAUGUAGUUCUUGGAUUGACUGAUAUUCAACAAAAUAAAAACUCAUUCUAUAAAUUACAGCUUUUGGAAGCAGAUAAAAAAUCAAAGUACUGGAUUUUUCGCUCCUGGGGAAGAAUCGGCACAACUAUAGGAAAUUCAAAGCUUGAAGAGUUCAGUUCAAUUGCAGAGGCUAUUAAUAAAUUUGAACAGGUAUAUGUUGAUAAAACAGGAAAUGAGUUUGAGAAGAGAAAUACAUUUGUAAAAAAGGCUGGUCGGAUGUAUCCAAUAGAUGUUCAAUAUGAAGAAGACUCACCGACAUUAAAUCACAUCGAUUAUUCUUUGAAAUCUAAUUUAGAGACAUCUGUGCAAAAUCUAAUGAAGUUAAUAUUCGAUGUUGAUUCAAUGAAAAGCACCAUGUUGGAGUUUCAUAUUGAUUUGGAUAAAAUGCCAUUAGGUAAGCUCAGUUUACAGCAGGUUCAAUCCGCAUACACCGUUGCUGCAAAUAUUUUUGAUUUAAUUAAAUCAGGAUCCACAACUUCAAAACUAGUUGAUGCUUCCAAUAGAUUUUAUACAUUGAUUCCUCAUAAUUUUGGAGUUAAGUCGCCGCCUCUAAUUGAAACAAUAGAACAAGUUGAAAGUUUGGUUCAUAUGCUUGAUUCUCUAGCGGAAAUAGAGGUUGCGUAUAAUUUUAUAAAAUCCGAGGACUUAUCUGACAAUAAAAAUCCAUUGGAUAAACAUUAUUCCCAAUUAAAGACUAAUCUAGAACCACUUAAUAGAAGCAGUGAAGAAUUUUCUAUUCUUGAAAAUUACGUGAAAAACACGCAUGCUUCUACACAUACUUCCUACGAGCUCGAAGUAGUGGAUGUUUUUAAAGUGGCUCGUCAAGGAGAAGCUAGAAGAUAUAAGCCUUUUAAAAAACUUCAUAAUCGAAAACUAUUAUGGCAUGGUUCUCGUUUAACAAAUUUCGUCGGUAUUUUGUCGCAUGGUUUAAAAAUUGCUCCUCCAGAGGCACCGCCAACUGGCUAUAUGUUUGGCAAAGGCAUUUAUUUUGCUGAUAUGGUUUCUAAAUCAGCCAAUUAUUGUUGCACGAGUCAACAAAAUUCUACAGGCUUAAUGCUGCUCUCUGAAGUAGCAUUAGGUGACAUGAUGGAACUAACUUCUGCCAAAUAUAUAACUAAACUACCAAAAAAUAAACACAGUUGCUUUGGGCGUGGACGCACCAUGCCUAAUCCACAGGAAAGUUUUAUAAGAAAGGAUGGCGUUGAAAUUCCUUUUGGAAAAGCAGUUACCGAUGAAAAUUUAAAAUCGUCAUUGUUAUACAAUGAGUAUAUAGUAUACGAUAUUGCUCAGGUUAAUGUUCAGUAUUUAUUUCGAAUGGAGUUUAAGUAUAAAUAUUAAUGAAAAUAUAUCUUUUAUAAUGUAAUAAAAAUAAAUAUUAUUUAAACAUA